AUGCCACCGAAGCGCAAGCCCGCGGCCGCAGUCGGCGGUGCGCCGAAAGCACCGCGGCAGUCCAAGCUCGCCAAGGAGCACAACGUGUCCGCGCAGGAGGAAAACGAAAUCAAGGAAGCCUAUAGCCUCUUUGCGGAGCCCAUGGACGGGGAAAAGAAUGGUGUGCUGCCGAUUGACGAUGUCAAGUCUGCCUUGAUUGCUCUCGGAAUACCGCCCUCCUCCCCCGCCGAGCUCAGAGAGUUCAUCUCCAUCCUCGACCCCGACGGCGACGGCUACGCGACCUAUGAACCGUUCUUCGCCAUUGCCGCGCUCAAGUUCCACAGCCAGGACCAGGGCGCGACGCACCAGGCCGAGGUCGACGAGGCGUUUGCGCUGUUCACGAACCACCAGGAAGGAGGAGCGGGCGCGAUCACGCUGGCGCACCUGCGGCGCGUGGCGGCGGUGCUCAAGGAGGACGUCGACGAGGAGCUGCUCAAGGACAUGAUCCUCGAGGCCAACGGCGGGGCGGGCGUGGCGCGGGGCGUGCGCAUGGACGAGUUUGAGGAGGUGAUGCGGAGGGCGGGCGUGUGGCGGUGA